UUAGAAGAGGAAGAUAAAAGACUUUGAUUAAUGAAGAACCUGCUCACUAAGAAGUGUUUAUCAAGCCGCUGCCGAAUUUCCAUCAGAAAAGAAGUAAGCAGAGAAUGCAGAGGAAGAUAGAUUUCAGGUCUCUUAAGGAUGGUGCAGUUAAGAAAACUUAUCCUCCAAAGGUACUGGCCAACCAGAAGUCUUCUGCCUUCUCUGGGAUCCGGAGUGAGAAACCUUGUGCCACUCAUCCAGUUCAGUAUCCUGCCUCACAUGGUUGGACCCGAAGGAACCGGUUACGAGAAUUGCGUAUCAGAUGCGUGACCAGAAAGUUCUUAUAUUUGUGGAUUCGAAUGACUUUUGGAAGAGUAUUUCCCUCUAAAGCCAGGUUUUACUAUGAGCAAAGAAUACUUCGGAAGGCCUUUGAAGAAUGGAAAGAAGAGUGGUGGGUUUUCCAGCGAGAGUGGAAACUCUGUGUUCGAGCAGACUGUCACUACAGAUAUUACUUGUACAACCUGAUGUUCCAGACCUGGAGGACCUACGUGCAUCAGCAGCACGAGAUGAGGAUCAAGUACAUUAGAGCUGAGAAUCAUGAUGCAAGGCAAAAGAUGCGGCAGGCCUGGAAGUCGUGGCUAAUCUACGUGGUUUUUCGAAGAACCAAACUUCAGAUGCAGACCACUGCCCAUGAGUUUAGGCAGCGGAGUAUUUUGUGGCUGUGGUGGAGCCAGUGGAGGCAGCAACUGGGACAGGUGCGUGUGGGCCACGCCCUGCUUGCGUCAGCUGUGAAGCACAGGGCACUGAGCCUCCAGCUGCAGGUUUGGUCACGGUGGUGGGAACAGCUCCUGCAGGUCCAGAGGGAGAGACGGAAAAUGGUCUUGGCAGUGAAACACCAUCAGCACUGGCAAAAGUGUAAAUCCCUGAAGGCCUGGCUCAAAUACUUGGGGGCCCGAAGAGUGAAGAGACAGCGGAGGGAGAUGGCUGAGCGAUUCCACCGGGUCACUGUGCUCCAGACACGCUUCUGUGACUGGCAGUGGGCCUGGGAGCGGAAGGAGAGCUUGUACGCCCAGCAAGCCAGGGUGGAGGGGCUGGCCCGGAGGAUGGCUCUGAGGCGGGCAUUCACUCACUGGAAACACUACAUGCUGCUGUGUGCUGAAGAAGCAUCCCAGUGGAAGGUGGCAGAAGAACACAGGAGGCACAGCUUGCUGCACUUCUGUUUUCGAGCCCUGGAAGAUAAUGUGACGCAUGCCCAUCUCCAGCAAAUAAGAAAGAACCUCGCUCACCAGCAGCAUGACAUCAGGCUGCUGCACAGAUUCUGGGACCUCUGGCAGUCUCGGAUUGAGCAGAGAGAAGAGAGAGCGCAGCUUCCCUCGCUGUGUGCUGCCCGGGACCACUGCAGAAUAACAUUGCUACGCAAGUGUAUCAAAUCAUGGUCACAGUAUAUUCAGAAGAGGCGAUACAAGCAGUGGCUGCGGUCCAGAGCAGACAGUCACUACCAGCAGAGAGCCCUUCCUGCAGCCUUCCACGCAUGGAGAAGAUUCUGGCGAUGGCACCAUCAGGAAAGUGUUCUCAAUGCGAGAGCAGCACGCUUUCACAGGGAGACGUUGGAGAAGCAAGUAUUUGCUAUUUGGUGGCAGAAGAUGUUUCAGCAUCGAGAAAACCGCUUGGCGGAGAGGAUGGCCAUCCUUCACUCAGAGCGGCAGGUCCUGCAGAGGUCCUGGUCCACGUGGCACCAGCGGGCAGCAGCACAGCACCGGGAGCGGCAGCGGACAGCAGCGGCCUGGGCCCACCACCGCCACCGCCAGCUCAGGAGGGCUUUCUGCAUCUGGAGAGACAGUGCCCGAGGGCUCAGAACAGAGAAGACGGGCCUAGUGCUGGCUGCAGAGUUCCACUCCGCACGGCUUCUGCACUGGGCCUGGAACAGGUGGAAGGAGGGCCUGGCUCUGCGCACUGCCGAGCGGGGGAAGCUGACACGCGCCCGCCUGCACCACCGGUGCACCUCGCUGCGGGGGGCGCUGCGCUCCUGGGUGACUUAUCAGAGCCAGGUUCGGAGCAUCCUCCAGGAGGUGGCGACCAGGGAGAGGCAGCACAAGGGGCGGCUACUGCGGAGUGUGUUCCAUCGCUGGAGAGAGAACACCCUGGCCCGUGUGCAUGAAGCCCAGCAAAGCUCCCGAGCACGCACUCACUACCGGCGAACCUUGUGUUCCAAGGUCCUGGUGCAGUGGCGGGAGGCUGCAUCCGUGCAGAUAUACUACCGACAGCAGGAGGACUGUGCCAUUAAGGAGGCCCAGAAGGUGCUGGAUAGGGGUUGUCUCAGGAUGUGGUUUCGGCGCUGGCGGGACCGAGGCCAGAGGGUGGCCCAGCAGAGAGCCCUGCUCAGGAGGGCGGCUGCACACCACGGCCGGCGGCUGCUGCUGCGAGCUCUGGCCCAGUGGAAGGCGCACCAUCUGGGCUGCAUCAGGAAGCGGCUCCUGCAAAGGCAGGGUGCCCAGCUCCUGGCCCAGACCCGCAGCCGGGCCUGCUUCCACCAGUGGAAACAACAGCUGGCGAACAGGAGGCGGGAGCAGCAGGGCACAGCCUGGGCCCUGGGGUUCUGGUCCUUCUCACUACAGGCAAAGGUGUGGGCCUCGUGGCUGGGCUUUGUGCUGGAGAGGAGAAGAAAGAAGGCGCGUCAGGAGCAGGCCAUACAGGCCUACCGCCAGCAGCUCCUCCGGGAGGGCGCCACACGCCUUUUACGGUUCGCGGGCUGCAUGAAGGCCCUCCGGCAGCAGCUGCAUGCCCAGCAGCAGGUGCAGGCGGCUCACAGUCUCCACCGUGCGGUCCAUCGCUGUGCCAUGCUCUGGAAACAGAAGGUUCUGGGCCAGGACAGGGAGACUCGUCCCCCCACAUCCACCAUGCCCAGCAGGAGAGUGACAUUUGACAGUCCCCUUUCCACCUAUGUUGCGGCUGGGGCUGGGGAUGCUGCUCCGGAGACCAAGAAGCCACCAGCUCCUCAUAGCCCUGGGGGGGCGCGGAGCAGCCUGUCCCUGGCUGCUUGGGACCCCCACCUCCUAGAGCUCAAUGAUGCCCGCUUGGCAAGAAAGCAGCCUCGACGCCCACAUUUCCUGCUGGAGCCGGUGCCGAGCCAGAGGCCCCUGGGGUGUGGCACCCCCGGGGGGAAAGGGCCCAAGGCACCACAGGAAUGUGACUCAGGCAUGGCCCAGCCAGCAGGCCCUGCCCUGAUGAGGCCUUUCCUGCCAGCAGCCUGGACAGCCCUGGUCCCAAGCAGCCCCCUGCCCCAGCCCAAGGCCCUGCUGAGUCACCCUGGCCCAGAGCUGCCCCCUGCGUUGAGUACAGGCCCAGAGCUGCUGCCCCCUUCAUCCUUUAUGCCAUGUGUGGUGGAAGUCCCUGCCAGGGUGUCUGCACAACCCACCACCCCUGGGCUGACACGCCAGGCCUCGCCAUCCCCAGCCAGUGUCCCUCACUCCCGCCUCCUGCUUCCUGGGGACUUCACAGGCACGGGGCCUGGGGCUGGCUCCACAGCCACGUGGGUGCACCUGAAGCCUGAUAGCACUGUAAGUGCUCAGGCCACUCCCAGUACCUGGGAUCCCUCCACUCAGCCUUGGCCUAGCCCCAAGGGUGGUCAAGAUCCAGCUUGUUCUGUCACCAAGAGCCACAUGGACCUGGAGGCUGAGCUUGAGAGCAUCCAGAAGCAACUGCAGGAUUACCAGACCAUGAAGCAGAACCUCUCGUCCUGCCAGCGACAAGCAAAAAGCCUGCGCCGGUGGCUGGAGCUGAGCCAGGAGGAGCCCAGGCCUGAGGACCAGGAAGCAGAGCAGCAGGUGCAAGAAGAACUACAGGAGGUGGAGCGGCAGAUCCAGCAGCUGGCCUCUGAGCUCCAGGCCCAACGCCAACCCAUCCGUGCCUGCAUUGCCCGGGUCCAGGCCCUGCGGCAGGCUCUGUGCUAGUCAUUGCCCCAGGGAGGCCUCAACCCACCUCCAGGAACAGAACGCAAAGCUGCAAUGAGUUUUAUUUUUUAUUUCAAAAGGUUGCAAUUAAAUGAAUUACUGUUCAGAA